AUGAAUUUAUCAGAGAAGGAAUUUGUAAAAUGGUUAAAGCUAGACCAUGGGCUUCAAUAUCAGGAUGGAGACUUUAUUCACACCGAACCAUUAGUUGAUGAUGGUCAACUUAAUAUCGAAAGCUAUACUAAAAUAUUCAUUUAUGAACCAACCGAAGAAAAGCAAAUAUCUACUUGGGAUAUUGUUUCUGAAAAAAUUAUAACUUUAGAAAACGAAAAACAAGUCUUGCCAGAAAAAGAAAGUUCAUGUGGCUACUUGCCUCAAACACACCUUAAACUGCUCAUUCCCGUAUUCAAAAUUACAUACAUUGGGAAUCCUCUCGAAUCCAUUAAAAGAUCAAACAGAAUUGAGUUGUGUCAACAAUUUCUUUCUGAGACUGUUUUAGUUGGAGGCGGUUUGAUUAUUAAAAACGUUUCUGAUUUUAAAAAUGAAUCAAGAUUCGAUAUUCUAAAAGCUCAUAUAAUUUGGAUUAUUGAUGAAAUAC